AUGGAUAUUCUCACAUCGCUCCAGCUGAUACGCAGAGACGGAACAAACUGUACAAUCGAGCAGCUGGAUGACGCCCAAUUCAUCGCGCUGUAUUUCGCGUCCCAGAGAUCCGGAGCCUGUCGGGCGUUCAGAGGUCUCCUGAGUUCCGUCGUGCACGAAUUACGUAUCUCUGGCCGAUGUUUGAACGUCAUAGUGGUUUCGUUGGAUCGUUCCAAUGCUGAGAUGAUGGAUCUUUUAACGGAUUGCCGAGACUACUGGCCAGCCGUGCCAUUCGAGAGCGACGCCCGCAUGGCUCUGCUGCAUCGUUUCGACGUCGUCCAAACGCCAACUGUAGUGAUUCUCAAUCGCAACGGGAACGUAGUUUCCGUAUUUGGGAGGGAUUAUAUCGAAAUCGAUGGAGCCGACGUUUGGGACAGAUGGACCAAGGGAACGAAUCCAGACGCGGAGCCCAAAUAA